CGGAAUUUUUGAGAGAUGAGACACUGCCUCGUCAUUUUCUAGUUAUAAAGAUACAAUGAGUAUUCAUUGAGCAACAAAGCAAAUCCAAUUUUAUUGCUUUGGUAGUAUUUUAAAAAUAGCUCAUGAGCCUGUGAUCAGAGAGAACAAGCUUGACAAUAAUAAAAUGGAAGUGCUGACUGUUACAUAAACAUUAACUCCAAGAGGUUUAUAAAAGGCUGAAUAUCCAAGUUCAAGCAAAUUUGAAAAAACGUCAUUUCAUAAGUAAAACAGAAACAGACUUAUUGAUACCAUGUCUUGCUGCAACACCUGUUCCACCAGCUUCUGUGGUUUUCCCAGUUGUUCUACUGGAGGGAACUGUGGAUCUAACUGCUGUCAGGACAGCUGUGGAACUAGUUGCUGUCAACAGGGUGGCUGUGGAACCAGCUGUGGUGCUAGCUGUGGAACCAGCUGCUGCCAACAGGGUGGUUCUGGGAUCAGCUCUGGGGCUGGCUGUGGACCCACCUGUGAGACCACUUGCACAACCCGGUGUUACCAACCCCCAUGCUGUGGAUAUGAGAGCUGCCGCACCAGGUGGUGUCGCCCAGACUGUAGAGUUGAAGGAACUUGCCUGCCACCUUGUUGUGUGGUUAGCUGUACUCCCCCAUCUUGCUGCCAGCUGCAUCAUGCCCAGGCUUCUUGCUGCCGCCCAUCCUACUGUGGUCAGUCUUGCUGCCGUCCAGCUUGCUGCUGCUACUGCUGUGAGCCCACCUGCUAAAGACCAAUUUACAAAUUUUAUGGCUGAGAUAUGAUUUUGAAAUUGACUAGGUACUCACAGACUCUUGGAUUCCAAAGAAAUUUCAAGUCUAUCAAUUUUCUGAACUGCAACCUUCAGCUGACUUCCUGCUACUGAAAAUGUUUUAAAAACCCAAACUUGGAAUCCUUAGAUAUGCUGAGACACUUGGGAAUCCCCAGAGAAAAAGAGAAAUAAAAUAUCUCAACAACCCAUUAGAAUAUCUCCUCUUCUUUGAUUCAAAAAUUAACUUUAAGUUUCCUUGCACAAAGUUUUCCUUUGUUUCAUGAUUUCUUAAAUCAUACUUGACAAUAAAGGAUUUUAAAAAAAAACUUCUAAUAAA